GGUACAGCGUAUCCGAUACUUUUUUUUUUUCCCCAUUUGUUAUUGCACGCUGGUUCUGUUUCGCCGGGCAGCUGAUGAGCAGGGCUCGUACGUUCCUUUUCCAUUAUUUUAGUAGACACCGUGUUUCAUUACUUUUGUGAGCGUUGCUUUUAUUGAAAGGCCUUUAUAGACAUAACAUGAAUCCGCUGAGUGCAGUGUUUAACAGCGUAGUUUUAGUUCUUCUUGCCUUGGGGGUGACAGACGUCUUCUUCUCGUAUGAGUCCAGCCGCUGCAGCAUGACCUAUAUGUUCGAAUACCCGCAGUACCUGCAAAUAAAACUAUCCAAGAAAGUGUCUAGACUUUAUCCACUGUAUGAGCUAUAUCUGUAUGGUGAAGGCUCUUAUGCAGAAGAAAACAAAAACUUGACACUGACUGGAGUUCCAGUUUUGUUUCUUCCUGGAAAUGCAGGAAGCUACAAACAAGCUCGUUCGUUUGCUUCAGUUGCACUUAGAAAAGCUGAAAACAUCGGUAACAGAUAUCACUUUAAUAUCUUCACUGUAAAUUUUAACGAAGAGCUAGUGGCACUCUAUGGCGGCAGUUUACGAAGACAAACAAGAUUUGUGCAUGAAUGCAUUAAAACAAUACUAUCUUUGUAUAAGAAUCAAACGUUUCCUCCAGAAAGUGUUGCUAUUAUCGGACAUUCAAUGGGUGGCCUCGUUGCAAGAGCAUUGUUUACUUUAAAACAUUUCAAACCUGAUCUUAUAAAUGUUAUCAUAACUCAAGCUACUCCUCACAUUUUGCCAGUGUUAUCUACAGAUAUUUAUCUUACUGAUUUUUAUACAAUGGUAAACAACUACUGGAUUUAUAAUUCUUUGAAGCUCAGGAAUAUAACUAUGCUUUCAGUGGCUGGAGGAUAUAGUGAUUACCAAGUUCGUUCUGGAUUGACUUUUCUGCCAACCUCAAGCUUUCACACUAGUGCCUUAUCUGUUGUGAGUUCUGCAGUUCCAAUAACCUGGGCUUCAACAGAUCAUCUUUCAAUAGUAUGGUGCAGGGAGUUGGUGUUAGUAACAGCAAGAGCAUUGUUUGAUCUCAUUGAUGAACAUACCAAGCAGAUAAAUAUAGAUGCUCAGAGUAGAAUGUCUGUCAUAAAACAUCACUUUGUCAGGCACCCAGCAAAACACCUUGAGUCAAGACAUCAGAUAACUGCAUCCUUCACAGAGACACCCAAGUUCACACUUGUAGAAGACUCAAAAUGGACUUACACUGUUAAUAAGGAAUCCAAUGAAUCAUUCUUUUUAUUUCCACUCCUGGAUAAAAGAAUUGCAUAUAGCCAUUUUCACUGUCAAAACACAUUCCUGUAUACUCACAGCUGGAUUUUUGGCUGUAAUAAGACAGUGUCGCCAAAAUGUUUGCAAAUCAAUGACCUUUCAUGGGAAACAGAGCUUCUGCCUUCAGCAAAGGUUGUCAACUUGAAAUUGGAUGUCUAUUCUAAUUUAUCGCAUUUUAUACUCUACAUACCUGCAACAAAUGGAAGUAAGUUUUCUGUGGAGUGUGAAUUCCUGUCCGAAGAGGCAAGAACUGUACAUGUACCUGUUACACAUGUUCUUUCAUUUGGAUUUUCAUCAAGUCAUGCUCCGUUAAAUUCUUCUGGACUGCUUUAUGUUAUACAAUUUGAGGACUUCAGCAAAAUAUAUCAAGCAUUCAAUGUCUUCAUUGUGAGGAACUGUGGACAAAAUAAAGAAAGCAAGUCUAGUAUUUACAAAUUUCAUGUACCAUGGUCACAUGAGGAUCUUAUUGGAGUAUUAAGUGAUGAACUUCCUGUUAGGAUUUCUGCCAAGCUUCAUGCUGAACAACCACAAAAUGACAAUCGCUUGGUAAAAUUAUUCCUGUAUGCAUCUCCAGAAUGUCUACAUGAGGUCACCAUUUCUACUUCAUUUUCACAAAUUCUUGGCCAGAUUGUUCGAUUUCAUGGAAUUUACCUACCUGUGUACAUUGUUGCGAAUUUACUUCUUGCCUAUGGCGCACAGCUACAUUCUAUUUUGAUACAAGGAAGCUGUAUGGACUUAGAUUUAUCAUUUGAUGUGGCAGCAAAACCAUAUAAAGUUGAUCCAGUAUUAAUCAUAUGCAAAUAUCUUUUAAAUUACAAAUGGUUUAAAAAUUACUGGGAUGGGUUGAUGCUCCCACAACUGGAUGCUGUCCAAUUACAUGCCUAUGGCUUCUGGUUUCCAUUGGCAUCCUUGUUCUUCUUCAUAUUUGGUACAAGCAUAGCUUACUGGAGUUCUAUUGGUCUCCAGGCAGCGGUCAGAAUACUUUCCUCACUCUGGAUAUACUUAAAAAGGCCUUCUAUGUUUCCUAAGGAAAGCAAAUGUAUCGCAUACAGAGUAUAUGCUGAGACUUUGUUCUUUGCUUUUAUUUCUUGGAGGAGUUGUGGCACAUUUUCUCUAUUACUUGUUUUUCUGCGUUACUUGAGCAAGGUCCUGAUUUUAUAUUCUUCAAUGAAAAACUAUGUUUCAUUGAAUGCACACAUAGUUAAAGACACGUCGUCAAAACAGGACUCUGUCAAGACAGAUUCAGAUACCAAUAUAAACUCUAAUCAACUAACUCACCACCAGCCUUCUUCUUUAGAAAUCAAAGCUCUCGAUGACUGCCUUAAGAUGCAUUUUACAAUUUUGCACUUGAAUUUGUGGAUUGUCCUCCUAGGUUUGCCUUCUUUUAUUUACUGGUUAAAGACUCUCAGGUAUACCAUUCAACUUGACCCUGAUCCAAACAGAGUAUCCGCUUUAGUUCUUAUUUUUAUUCUGGAAAUUCUUAUGAACUCCACCACAUCUGCAAUAAAAUCAAGUGUAUGUUUGAAGACUGCAGCUGUACUUCAACUACCCUUGUCAAUUAUCGUUGUGGCAUUUGGUACUUUACAUUUGUAUAGAAUAUCUAAUUUAAUAGCUUUCUCUCUUUUUCUACAUGUAGUGUGUUGCUUUGUCUAAUGAAGUCCUUAUAACAUUUAUUUGUACUGUCCUUAUAAUACUUUAGUUUGUUUUGAUAUACAAUAAAAGCAAAAUGGUUUCUA